AUGUCAAAUUUCAUAGCAGUUCUUCUUAAGCUUUACUGUUUGUGGGUUAAUUUUCUUCAUCCUAUAGCUGGGAUUUUUUCCUCCAAGUUUGGGAGAGAAAUAGAUAGGUACAAGCAGGGUGUGAGUUCCUUAAUAUUAGACACCAUGGAAUUGGAAAACGGUAUGUCUACUGCUCUUCCUGAUCAUAUUGCUGAUAACUCAAACAGAAAAGGAACGUGGGUGACUGCAAGUGCACAUAUCAUAACAGCGGUUAUUGGUUCAGGAGUUUUAUCUCUUUCAUGGGCCAUUGCUCAGUUAGGCUGGGUUGCUGGUCCCAUUGUCAUCUUACUCUUCUCUCUCGUAACUUGGUUCACAUCUACUCUGCUAGCUGAUUGUUGCAGGGACCCUGUCUCCGGAAGAAGAUGUAGCUGUUAUAUGGAUGCUGUAAAAUCAAAUUUAGGAGGAAUCGAUAGCAAGUUUUGUGGAAUAGCUCAAUAUGUGAAUCUUGUAGGAACAACAAUUGGAUAUUCAAUCACUUCAGCUAUUAGUAUGGUGGCAAUAAAAAGAUCAGGUUGCUUUCAAAGGCACGGCCAUGAUGCAGGCUGCCAUGUUAAAAACAACAUGUUUAUGAUCAUCUUUGGCAUCAUAGAGAUCAUAUUAAGCCAAAUUCCUAACUUUGACGAGCUUUCGGGGCUCUCCGUGGUUGCUGCGGUUAUGUCUUUUGCAUACGCUUCCAUAGGCCUCGGUCUCUCCAUAGCCAAAGUUGCAGAAGGGACACAUGCCAGGACAAGCCUAACAGGGACAACCACAGGAGUGGAUGUGACCAGCGCGCAGAAGAUUUGGAACUGCUUCGAAGCCCUCGGAGACAUUGCCUUCUCUUAUGCUUUCUCUGUUGUCCUCAUUGAGAUACAGGACACAAUAAAAUCAAGUCCACCAGAAAAUGAAGCCAUGAAGAAGGCUACCUCAUUUGGGAUCUCAGUCACCACCAUGUUCUACAUGUUGUGUGGAGUUUUGGGUUAUGCAGCAUUUGGGAACAAUGCACCAGGCAACUUCCUAACAGGAUUUGGUUUUUACGACCCCUACUGGCUUAUUGACGUAGCUAAUUUGUGCAUUAUUGUACAUCUUGUUGGAGCUUACCAGGUAUAUUGCCAACCAAUAUUCAAGCGCGUGGAAGACUGGUGGUUUAACCGAAGGCCAAACAACAGUUUCAUAAAAGAAGGCCGUCCGAUUAACCUUCCAUUGUGCGGGGUUUACCAUUUCAGUGCGUUCAGGCUUGUAUGGAGAACGGCUUAUGUGAUAAUGACUACCGUUAUGGCGAUGACAUUGCCAUUCUUCAACGAUAUACUUGGUGUCCUUGGUGCUACUGCAUUCUGGCCAUUGACUGUGUAUUUCCCAAUACAGAUGCACAUAGCAAGAGAAAAGAUUCAACCAUAUAGCUGGAAAUGGAUAUGGCUAAACGUCUUGGUCGUGGUCUGCUUGGUUAUAUCACUUCUUGCAGCUGCUGGCUCCUUUGCAGGAAUUGUUAAGGAUCUCCAUACCUUUAAGCCUUUCACCUCUGUUUCUUAAUGUCUUCAUCUCUAUUCCCCUUUUGUUUAAGGAAACUUAUUUAUCAUUCGUUCGCAUGAAAUAUAUUGUAGUUUAAAUUAUAAAGUCUAGGUUGAGGCAAGAUUAUUUGCCUGCUUUUGGCAUCC